AUGGAUUUACUUAAUUUAGGGACCAAGUCAAGGAAGACUGGUAUUCGACCUCGAUUAAACAUUUUGAGAGAUAAGUAUGACAUGGAAGACAUAGAUGAGUUCUUCGAAUCUGACAAUGAGGAUGAAAUUGGAGGGGAUAAGAACGAAGGCAGGAUCGCAAGGAUGAUUAACUUUAAUGAUGAUGAAGCUGACAAAUUUGAUUUGAGUCCUAUAUCAAUGGACAAAGAGAAGGAGAAGGACAAGAAAAGGGUUAGUAUCCAAGAGAAAUCUGGAAGUACUCCCUCUCCACGUUAUGACUAUGAUGAUAUACAAUUUGAUGAUGACAUGAAUGAUCCUUCACCAAUUGAUGAAUCACUCGAUCAAUCGGGGAUAUCACCAGAACCCACACCCCCUAGAAACCGGAAAUUUACAGGCAGCUCUAGAGGCAGUAACAGCCAAUUGAAUUCGCCUGAAAAUUCCAGCAAGUCACCUUCACGGUCGGCUUCUUCAUUCACCAAGAAGAUGGCUUUGGGUAAGACCAAGAGAGCGACUCGUACAAAGCAAGCCAAACCACAAAUAACCACUUCGAAGCCAUCACCACUACCGUCACCACCUCCUGAUGGUUUAAGACGAUCAAAGCGUACCAAGAUUUCUCCCUUGGCUUACUGGAGGGGUGAAAGAAUUGUUUAUUCUAGAGCUGACGAGUUCUCCAAUGAUCCCGACACAACUUUGAUAGAAGAUAUUCACAAAAUCCCCCUACAGGAAAUCAAAGAAGUCAUACACGUCACACCCAAUGUUGAUCCAAUACCCAAAAGAAGAAGAACAAGGAAGAAGAAUAAAGAGGAGCAUUAUGACUACGAAAGUGAUCCCGAAGUCAUCGGAUCAGAGUGGUUCAAGAAUAAGACUCUUGAAUUAGAAGUUUAUGAAAACCAGCAACUGGAAAGCACUACAUCCAGAGAAAUUGCCUACACAAUGGAAUACGACAAGUUCAAUGAACCUCCCAAGUCAUCUGAUAUUGAGAAUUAUAAGAUAGCUCCAGUGUUUGAACAGACAUCUAAUCUCGCUGGUGGUAUUUUCGAAUUUCCCGUUGAGGGCUUCAAAAGUUCAAAGAGUUCCGGAAAUUGUACUUAUAUGUUCCAUGUAAUUAAAGGUUUGGUAGAAGUAAAUUUGAGUAAUAAUACAUUUGCUGUAACUCGAGGCUGUUCAUUCCAAGUACCUAGUGGUAAUACAUACGGUAUCACCAACAUAGGCACUACGCCAGCAAAGUUAUUUUGUGUCCAAGUUUUGACAGAAGAGAGUUAG